UACCGGCGCCCGCUCACCGGCGCCAUUUCUGUGGAGGGGAACGGCGGUGCGGCCUGUGAUCAUGGCGCUGUUCCCGGCCUUUGCGGGCGUUAGUGAAGCUCCCGCUAGCGGAAGUUCUAGGAAAGAAUUAGACUGGCUGAGCAACCCAAGCUUUUGUGUUGGAAGCAUACCAUCUCUGAGCCAACAAACUGAAGAGACCACAGCUCUUGCUUCUGAAGGGUUGCCACUGACAAGGAGUCCUCUGAAAUCAGAGCCAUCAGAGGAAAGUGACACUAACAGAAAGCUCAAAUCAAUAAGCAGAAAAAAGAAGAAAGAGAAAAAGAAGAAAAGGAAGCAUCAGCAUCAUAAGAAAACCAAGAGAAAACAUGGGCAGUCGAGUAGCAGUGGAUCUGAGCCAGAUACUGAUUCUGAAAAGGACAGAUCUUCCAGAAGCAUCAGAGACAGUAAAAGGGAAUCAGAGAAACCAAAUCAGCAAAAUAAUGCCACUGCUGAUAGUGGACGUUGCCUUGUUUGGCUUGAGGACGUUCAGGCUCUGACAGGAGAAACCUUCAGAAUAGAUAAGAAGCCGGAUCCUGCAAACUGGGAGUAUAAGUCUCUCUACCGUGGAGACAUAGCAAGGUACAAGAGGAAAGGAGACUCCUGCCUUGGCAUUAACCCAAAGAAGCAGUGUAUAUCUUGGGAGGGGACUUCCACGGGAAAGAAGCAUCCACACAAGCGUGUUGAACGCUAUUUUAUGAAGAAGAAUGUGGGAUUAAUGAACAUUGACGGAGUUGCCGUUAGCAGUCAAACUGCACCUCCCUCGUCUGAGCCCGUCUCAUUUAUCCCAGUGAAGGACUCAGAUGAUGCGGCUCCUCCUGUUACAGCCUGGUUGAACCCUCUGGGGAUUUAUGAUCAGUCCACCACACAGUGGUUACAAGGAAAGGGUGCUUCAGAGCAAGAAUCAAAGCAGCCAGACUCACAGGUGGACAGAGAGAGCGCGCUGCUCAAGGCCAAGGUGGAGGAGUUUAACAGGAGGGUCCGGGAGCAUCCUCGGGAUGUUCAGCUGUGGAUGGCGUUUGUUGCUUUUCAGGACGAGGUCAUGAAAAGUCCGGGCCUGUAUGCCAUCGAGGAAGGAGAGCAGGAAAAGCGAAAGAGGUCCCUGAAGCUGCUUCUGGAGAAGAAGCUGGCCAUCCUGGAGCGGGCCAUUGAAAGCAACCCGAGCUGCGUGGACCUGAAGCUCGCCAAGCUGCAGCUCUGCACGGAGCUCUGGGAGCCCGCCACCCUGCUCAGGGAGUGGCAGAAACUCAUAUUCUUACAUCCCAACAAUACAGCCCUUUGGCAUAAAUAUCUUUUAUUUUGCCAGAGCCAGUUUAGCACCUUUUCAAUAUCAAAAAUUCACAGUCUUUAUGGAAAGUGCUUGAGUACCCUGUCUGCUGUUAAGGAUGGCAGCAUCUUGUCUCACCCUGAGUUGCCCGGCACCGAGGAGGCCAUGUUUGCCCUCUUUCUUCAGCAGUGCCACUUUCUGCGGCAGGCCGGUCACUCUGAGAAGGCCGUCUCUCUGUUCCAGGCCAUGGUCGACUUCACCUUCUUCAAACCGGACAGUGUGAAAGGGCUGCCUACCAAAGGCCAGGUGGAGUUCUUUGAGCCCUUUUGGGACAGUGGAGAGCCCCGGGCUGGGGAGAAGGGCGCCCGGGGCUGGAGAGCGUGGAUGCACCAGCAGGAGCGGGGUGGCUGGGUGGUCAUCAGUCCAGAUGAUGAGGAGGAGGAACCAGAAGAUGAUGAUCAGGAAAUAAGAGAUAAGACUCUGCCCAGGUGGCAGAUCUGGCUUGCUGCUGAGCGGUCCCGAGACCAGAGGCACUGGCGGCCGUGGCGCCCAGAUAAGACCAAGAAGCAGACUGAGGAAGACUGUGAGGAUCCAGAGAGACAGGUGUUGUUUGAUGAUAUUGGACCAUCUCUGAUCCGACUUUCCAGCCAGGAUCUUCAGUUUCGGCUGAUUGCGGCCUUCCUGCAGUUCUUGGGCGUGCCUUGUGGCGUCAGCCCUCCCGCCUCCUGCCUUUAUCUGGCCAUGGAUGAGAACAGCAUCUUUGAUAACGGACUUUGUGAUGAAAAGCCGUUGACUUUCCUCAACCUGUCAUUUUCUGGCGUCAGCUGUGUUGGCCGCAUGGACCAGUUGGGCUGCCGGCGCUGGACCAGAGCUCACGGUCGAGAGGGCGAGGACUUCAUCCGCAACGUCUUCCACCUGGUGCUGCCUUUGUUUUCCGGCAAGGAGAGGUCUCAGCUCUGCCUCUCCUGGUUACAGUACGAGAUUGCAAAGGUCAUCUGGUGUCUGCACACUAAAAACAAGAAGAGAUUAAAGUCACAAGGAAAGAACUGCAAAAAGCUAGCCAAGAAUCUCCUUAAGGAGCCGGAAAACCGCAACGAUUUUUGCCUCUGGAAGCAGUAUGCGCAUCUGGAGUGGUUGCUUGGCAACAUGGAGGACGCCAGGAAGGUUUUCGAUACAGCACUCAGCAUGGCAGGGAGCAGAGAACUGAAGGAUCACGAACUCUGUGAGCUCAGUCUGCUCUACGCUGAGCUGGAGGUGGAGCUGUUGCUAGACUCGAGAGGGGCCGCCACAGCUCGAGCUGUUCACAUCUUAACCAGGCUGACUGAGAACGGGCCCUGUGGGCCCUAUGCCGGGCAGGUCUUGGCCGUUCACAUUUUGAAAGCUCGGAAGGCUUAUGAACACGCACUGCAGGACUGCUUGGGUGAGGGCUGUGUCUCUGGACCGGCUCCCACCAACUCCUUGAACUGCCUAACUAGCUUGGUCAAAUGCUUUAUGCUCUUUCAGUAUUUGACCGUGGGGAUCGAUGCCGCUGUGCGGAUAUACGAGCAAGUAUUUGCAAAACUGAAGGGCUCUGGUUCCCCAGAAGGCUGUGGCCAGGAUGACAGUGCCGGCACCCAGCGUCCGAGCAGUGUUCUCGAGGCUGUCACACUGAUGCACACCAGCCUGCUCAGAUUCCACAUGAAAGUCAGCGUUUACCCGCUGGCCCCUCUGCGAGAGGCACUCUCCGAGGCUUUAAAGUUGUAUCCGGGCAACCAGGUUCUUUGGAGGUCAUAUGUACAGAUUCAGAAUAAGUCUCACAGUGCCAGUAAGACCAGAAGAUUCUUUGAUGCAGUCACCAGGUCUGCUAAACCCUUAGAGCCUUGGUUGUUUGCCAUUGAAGCCGAGAAAAUGAGGAAGAGACUAGUGGAAACUGUUCAGAGGGUAGAUGGUAGAGAGGUCCACGCCACAAUUCCUGAGACCGGCUUGACACAUCGCAUCAAAGCCCUGUUUGAAAAUGCAAUGCGGAGUGACAGUGGCAGCCAGUGCCCCUUACUGUGGAGGAUGUAUUUGAAUUUUUUGGUUUCCUUAGGAAACAAGGAAAGAAGCAAAGGUGUGUUCUACAAAGCACUUCAGAAUUGUCCUUGGGCAAAGGUGUUGCACAUGGACGCUGUGGAGUACUUCCCCGAUGAGAUGCAGGAGAUCCUGGACCUGAUGACUGAGAAGGAGCUCCGGGUGCGCCUGCCGCUGGAGGAGCUGGAGCUUCUGCUUGAGGACUAGAGACCAGGAAGGGAAUGGGGACCACAUCUCUGAGGCAACGUUGCCUGCCCUGUCGGAACCAGGAUGGGCAAGAGGAGACCAGUGAUGCACAUGUGCAAGCGUGUGUUAACAGACUUUUGCUUUAGAAGUUUCUCUUGAGAAUGUCUGGGUUACCAGUCUCUCACCUCUUGCAUAUUUUUUGCAUGUGCAGAUGACACAAAAGCUAUUGUUUUACAUAUUAUAUAUGUGCACAUGUGUAUAUAUGUCUGUAGACAAGAAUCACGCUAAGUGAUUACAAAACCUACUGUGGUUGGUGUGUGCAA